AUGGCGUCGAAGCGCGUAAUAAAAGAAGCGAGGAUGUCGACGACCACCACGAGCACAAACACCACACUCGCUUUUAUUAGGAGCUCCUUUUUUGAAGGAGGAGGAGGAAAAGGCUCGAAGUUGUUUUGCGCGCCGUGUUUGACGUCUUCUUCGUCGAGAAGAGGUUUUACCGUGUCUUCGGUGUCGGGGGAGAACGGAAUCGGAAGCACUAUUCCCGUCGCAUUCCUCGAGGAGAAGAAGAUAAAGAACGAAGUAGAAGUAGAAGAAUCUGAAGAAACGAACGACGCGUUCGAAGGACUCCCCGGGUACGCGCCUCCUGGAGUUGAUGUCAUGCUCAUGGCGGUACCGAAAGCGAAAGUGACGCCGUCGAGGAAAAAACGUCGAAAUCAGUUCAAGAGGGUAGAGUUUGUGAGAGACGCGAGGAAGUGUCCGACGUGUAGGAAACCGAUGCGAUCGUGGCAUAACUUUUGUUGCCCGCCGAAAGACGAUGAGAAGGAAGACGUCGUGUAUAGCACGACGGAAUGA